AUGAGUAAAAGCCAGCAUGAACCUCCUUACGAAAUUGAGAACCAGUUUAUAUUGCGUCUGCCUCUGGAACAUGCUGCUACUGUCAGGGAAAUGAUACAAUCUGGAAGUGUUGCCAUGAAGGAUAAACUAAAAAUCGACUUGUCUUCUGAUGGACGUCAUGCGACUGUUGAGGUGAAAGAUGUCUCACUAACUGCUAAGAUGGUUGACUUGCCUUGUGCUAUUGGAAGCCUGAAAACUCUUGACAACAAAAUUUUUUAUAAAACGGCAGAUAUUUCCCAGAUGCUUGUGUGCACUGCUGAUGGUGAUCUCCACUCUUCUCCAGAAGAACCCGUUACGUCUACUGAUCUUAAAGGAAUCAAGAAAAAUGAAAAGGCAAGGAGGAAAAAAUAUGCAUGGAAGCAUGGGAUUACUCCACCACUUAAGAAUGUCAGAAAGAAAAGGUUCCGCAAAACAACAAAAAAGCGGGCUGAUUUCAAACAAGUUGAAGAAGUGAGCUUUACUGAGGAAAAGGGUAUUCAUGGGAAACACAGAAUGUUAAAUGACAUUACUGGUAUUCCUCCCACCCCUACUCUGGUCCAGUACACUGACUCUCCUGAUGUGGAAAAGGAAGUGAAAAGACUGCUGUGUUCUGAUGCUGAAGCUGUCAGUGUCCGAUGGGAAGUCAUUGCUGAAGGUGAAACCAAGGAUAUAGAAAGUAAAGGCUCCAUUCCAAGCUUUGAGAUAUCCCCAGGAACAAGUGGCUAUAAGCAGGAUCAUAGCUCAUCAGAAUAUCAUAUGCUUCGGGAGAUACUCAGUGAUUCUAGCAGUAGCAGUGAUGAUGAUAAGGACAAGGACGAGGCUGAUGAUGAUGAGGAGGAGGAGUUUUACUAUGAUGGUAAGAAUGAAGAGGAUGAACAGUAUUAUGAAGAGAAUCUGCAAAGGGAACUACAGGCCAAGUUAAUUGAAUUUGGCCAGUGUGAGGCAAAGGAAGGAGCCAGUUCAAUAGUCAUGGAAAUUCAGAAGCAUAUUCAUUAUAUGGAGAAAAAGCUCCAAGAGGUUCAGUGCAGAGCACAAAGACAGAAAGAUCUCAUCAAGAAAGUGGAAAACCUGACACUCAAGAAUCAUUUACACUCUGUGCUGGAGCAACUUAAGUUACAGGAAAAACAAAAAAAUGAGCAGAUAAUUUCCCUCCAGGAGAAACUUAAAUACUUUCUGGAGAACUAA